AUGUAAUCAGGUCAAUUGUUGAAUCUUUAGAGAUUAGAAAGGUUUUAUAUGCAAACACUAUCUUAAAAUGGAUGGGAAUCUCCUCUUGUAGUGAAUGCAGCUGUAGAUUUUGCAAAUACAUUGAUCAAAGAUGGAAGACUACUUUUGAAAUAAGGAAAUAAUACAUAAGCAGAAAUGUUUUUUAAUAGAGCAAAAGAGGUAUUGGAUUGAUUAGAAUCUGUAGAUUACUACACCAAUAUCAAUAACAAGUGGUAUAUUUUAUACAAAUACUUUUGUUAAAUCAAGAGGACAUGCAAUACUAUAGAUUUCAUAAUUGUAUGAAUAGUAAGGGUAAUUUUAAAAGGCUUGGAUGAAUCUAAGAGAUGUAUUACCUUUUAUGGAGAAAUUUUCAUAUACAAAAAGAGUGAAUAUAUGUGAAGAUGAUAAGUAAGUAUUAAAGUUAUAUGCAUAAUUACUAUUUCAUGGUAGUGAGGUUUGUAGAAUGAUGCAUCGUAAAGAUGAUAUGUUAGAUUAAUGUAAUAAAUUAGUUGACAUUUUGUAAAGAUUGGGAAUUACAUUUGAUUCUUUGGGUACUUUGACAAAAGAGGAAUUUCAUUAAGAAUACAAAAAAUCAUUUAUGAUGUUAGCAAGAGCAUUCUAUUAUAUAGGAAAAUCAUAAUUUAAAGUUGGAUUUGAAAGAGAAUCAUUGAGAAAUCUUUACAAGGCUUGGUAAAUAUAGGAAUUGAUAUUUGGACCUGAUGCAUAAACAACUAUUAAGGCUAGAGAUAAAUAUGAAAAAUUAAGUUAAAAGAUGGAAUUUGAAAUGAUAAUGGGAUAAGAGAAAGUAGAUUUUCAAUAAUUUAAAGCUGAUCUUUAAAAAGAUGUUGGAUAAGAAUUAUUACGUAAAGUUGUAACACUUAAACCAAAUAAUAAUUUUGAUGUAUUAUAUUUAUAUUCAAUAUUGAUAGCAUCAUAUGUAAACAUAAGUUAAAUCUUAUUAAUAAAUAGUAAGAUAAUUAUCAUCACAUUCAACUAAAUAUUAAAUGCCUGAAUAUGUUAAAAAAGUUAGAUAAGAAUAUGAAGUCAAAUUGAAGACUAUUUCUAAUUAAUUAUAAAUAGAUGAAUAUUAUGAAAAUCAAGAAAAAACUUUUUAAAUAAAAAACAAGAAAUUAUCAACAAGAGCAACAUCUACUUAAAUUAAUUAAUCCUUACUCCCUUAAGAUAAAUUAUUUUCACCAAGAAUGUCCAUGUUAAUGCAUUCCCAUAAAACCAGUUAAAUUAUAGGAAAUCAUAUGGAUAAAUUGAAGUAAAAAUUUUAUUUUAAAAUUAUAGAGUUUAAUUAUAAGACACUCAACUCAAAACUGAACCUAUAAAUGAAAUGAUGCUUAUGAGACCAUAAUUUAAGUCUGAACAUAUUCAAUUAAAGAAAUAGAGCUAAUAAGGAAAUCAAACUGAAAGAAUUAUUAUAAAUAAAAAGAAAAUUAAAUCAAAUAGACUUGUAUCUAGAAUAUUAAACAAAUAAACCACAUAAAUAUUUCAUAAUAAAUCUGAUAUAUAAUCAAGUGAAUAAAAGAUACUCAAAAUGUAAACAGUUUAAGAUCUUAUCAUAUAACCAUAAUUAGAUGAAAUCAGAGUGCCUACAACUGAAUCAAUAUUGGCAUAAUAACAUUAAAUUUCUUAAUAAUAAGUUCAGGUUCCUCUUAUAUAGAAUAUGUAAACUGAAAUUACAGAAUAUAGUGAGAAUAUUUACACAGACUUAUUGAAUAUAUAUACAAUUGAAUAGUUGAAUAUGGCAGCUAAAACCAUUUAAUUAUAUUUUAGAAGAUACAAAUCUAAUAUCAGAAAAAUUAGAACUAUUUAAACAAUUGAAUUUACUCCUAUUUCUACUUCAAAACCAUAGAGUCUAGUUAUUUGUAGUGAUAAAUUCGAUAAUAUCUAAACCAAUAGAUCCAGUAUGAAAGUAUCAGUCAAAGAACUUAAGAAUUCUAUAAGGAAAGGAGGCAGAUUUGACUAGAUUGUUAAAGAACUCAAAAACAAUGAAGCUGAAUAGAUCAGUACAAACAAAGCUAAAACAGUAAAAUAUUAUAAUAAUUAUAUAUUAGUUAGUAUAAAUAAUUGUUGACUUUUAUAAUCUUCCAGAACAAGAAUUAUAUUUUUUGUGUAAACUCUUCUUUGAUAAUGAAAUUAAAAUAUGGAAAUUAUCUAAUAUCUCAAUAUGUGCCUUUAGCGACAAUGAAUUUUAAAAUAAUUAAACAGAUGAAGAUUAAUAAACAUCAUCAUCAUUUACCAAAUAUCCUUAAAUAUUAAGUAAUUUCAUUUGUGUAAUUUUAAGGACAUUAAUUAUAACAUAUAAUGAAUAUCUUUACUGAUUAAUAAUCUAUUAUUGCAUUAUAAUUAGUUGUCUACUUCUAAUUGUAAAAUGAUUAAUAGUAAUAUCAUUUGAAUUUUAAAAUCAAUAAUUUUAUUAGUUAUCUUGAUGAAUAUUAGAAAUGGUUUUCCUAAGAUCGUUUAGAAAAUUUCAAUGGUCUUCUAAGUAUAUAUUGUAAAUAGUAGAAUCUCUAUGAACCUUAUAUAUGUAAAACUAUAGUAUUCUCAAAAAAUGAUUUUGCUUCAAAAAUUGUAGUUAAAUUAAUGUAUUGUCUUAAAAAUCAUUAUUAUUUAAUAAGAUCAGUUGUUGGCUAUAAAUUAAUUACAAUGAAGGAUGCCAUCAAUAAAAAAUUACUAGAUUAAAUUAUUGAUGGUACUAAAUUAGAUAAAAAUAAGAAGAUUCAAAAAGAAAGAAAGAGAAUUAUGAUACUUAAGCAAUUCAAAAAUGAACCCAUUAAAUAUUAACAAUAAAAUAAAAUCACUUUUUCUAAAUUAAAGAGACACUAAUUAUAUAAUGAAGAUUUUAUUCAUGAAUAAAGUAUUGUCAUCUAAGAAUCUGAAUAUUCUCAUGAAAAUAUAUCUUAAUAAGAUUAAAAAUAACUAUUAAUUAAUUAGAAAUCAUUUUAGGAUAGCUCUGAAAUAGAAUAUAUUAAAUAAUCUAUUUAAAGACAUUCAAAAAAAUAAUAUACAUCAAUCAAUAAUAGAAACACUAUGAUUUGUCCAAGUUCUUAACUCAUUAUCUCUUCAUAGGCAUUUAUUAGAAAUAGUUUGGUUCCAAAAAUAGGUAGCCAAUCAAUUUCUGAAUUUGCUAGAAGAUAAUAAAAGGAAAUAUAUGAACCACCUUAAUCUAAGAAAAGUUUAGAAGAAUUUUAGGAAUAUAAAGAUAGGUCUUAAUCUGAAAUUUAAUUGUUUCAAGAAUAUUUCCCAGAAUUUUAAUUAGCUAAUUUAGAUGAUUAUCAGGAUUAUGAACCAAAAGAAGGUCCUAUUAUUAAAUUCAAUCAUGAAAUGAAUAUGUAACCAUAUUUUCCACCUAAAGGUAUAAACAUUAAAUCAGAAAUUUAAGAAUAUAUUAAUGAAUAUCCAGAUAAUUAUUUUGCACUUAAUUUAAUUCUUAAGCAAAAUAACACUUUACUUACAGGAUAAAUAAUUAUAUAAGAAUCUAAAAGCUUUCUAAUUAUUAAUAAUAAAGAUGGAAAUAACAUUAAGAAAGAGAUUCAUAUUGAUUUUGGUAUGCGAUUGCCUAAUAGAUAAUAGAAACUAGAGAUUAUAAAUUUAUUAUUAAUACAUAAAGAAAUACUACAAAAAUAAUCAUUAAUUUAAGAAUUGCUUAAUUAUGAUUUCAGACAUACAUUCAUAUUAUUGGAUCGAUAUUUAAAAAGAAUUGAUCAUUAUGAUAUUUUUAUACACAAUGAGAUAUAUUAACAAUUAUAAGCUGGAGAAAUAUUACCUUUGACUAAUACAAAUUUUUUAAUUUAUUCAGAGAGAAUGGCCUAGUUAGCAAUUGAUGAAAACAAUUAUCAAAUGAAUACUGAGGAGAAUCUUAAAUUGUCCAUUGUUGUACAAGAUUAAUAAUAAAAUUAUGAAGAAAAUGUUUUAGAAGGGAAAUCAUUCAAAUAUUAUAGAAGUAUGUUCAAUAUUAAUAGAAAUAAAUUCUAUUAUAAAGAAAACAAUUUUUAUUUUAAAGUUGAAGUAUGUUUCAAAGAAAAAAAAGUGUUUGAUACUAAAUUAUUAUAUUUAAGUGAUCAGUAAGCUAAGUAAGAUUUGAUAAUUCUGAAAAAGAAUAUGCAUGAAUUGAUUGAAUAACAAUAGUUACAAAUUAAAAUUAGGAUAUAUAAACCUAAUCAAAGACUUAAAUAUUAUAGAACAAUACAUCAACUUUAAGAUAUGGAAAAGAUAUUGCACAUCUUUAAUAAAACUUAAUUAUUAGGUUAUCAAAUAAAAUCAUAAUCUAAAAUAUAACAUAGAUUAAUUGGAAAGGAUUUAAAAUUUAAAAGGUAAUAAAUUACUAUGGAAGAGAGAAAUAGAGAUAAAUAUAGUGCAUUAGAUUAAUUUUUGUUAAUGUACAUUACUGAUCCUUUGUAAUUUAUAAGUAAUGAAAAUCAAAGACUAUUGAAAUAGACUAUCCUUUUCUAUUAUUUUAAAUAGUAAUUGAAAUUAACUUUAAUAUCAUCAAGUCGUUUGAGAUAUUUUAUGAAUACUUAUUUUCAUAGGAAAACUUUUAAUACUUAAAGUAGAGUAAGUAAUAUUGGAAAAGUAUUUGUAGAAUGUGAAGUCUAUUAAUUUAAUCAAUUUUAUCUUGAUCAAGAGAAUGGAAUACGUACAUACUUUUACUUUUAGAUAACUCCAUAGGAAAGUAGAACUAAAAUAUUCAAAUUAGUAUUAGAUCUAGCAGAUAUUAAAAGUAUCUGUCCUAAAGUUGAUCUUAAUUCUUGUUUUAAUGAUUAAAUGUUACAUGAUAUUCUGAACAUUUUGACAGCUUAUUUAAUAUGUUACAGAACCAAUACUUAUCAUGGAAUUAAAAUACCAUUAUCAUAUAUUAUCAAUUAAUCAAAAUAUGAUCUACAUAAUACAUUUACUGAAGUUACUUAUGGAAGUAAUAUCUUAGAAGAAUAAUAAAAUGUUAAAUCAUCCUAACCAAAAUUAUCAAUAUUAUUGAAUGAUAGUGUAUUUCGCAAGAAAUCAUAAACUUAAAUGAUGGAUAUUUAAAUUGAAAAUUUAUAAUUACCAGCUGAAGCUAGUAGAAUUCUAAAAAAUACUUCUAUGUUAACACCAAUAUUUAGAGGAUAAAAAUUUAUAUAUAAAACUACUAAAGUUAUAAAUUAAAUGUAUGUAAUUAUUACUGUCUCAUAUUUGUCUAUUAAUAAAUUUUAAAUUGGAUUAUAUAUUCCAUAAACUUGUAGAAAUUUCAGUUGUUAUAUUUAAUAGAGUGAUUUCUAAUAAAUGAAUCCAGAAUUUCUUGAAUCUAUUUUUCCAUCUUGUUUAGUCACAAAAGAAACUAUUGAUUAAUUUUAUAUUAAUAGAUGGAAAUUCUCAGAAAUAAGUAACAUUUAUUAAAUGGCUCUCAAUCAUCCAGAUGAAUUUGAAGAUUUUUAUAGUGAAAUGAAAAGUCAAGCUAGAGCAAUUCCUUUUUUGGAAUUAUAAAAAUUAACAGAAAGCAAACUAUCAAUUAAUAAUGAAGAUGAAUUGCUUGAAAAACCUUAUGAUGAGACAAAUAAAUUAUUUGAAUCUUUCAGUGAUUCAAGUAGAUUAAAUUUAAGAUCCUCUACAUAACCACCAAUCUUUUUGAAAAAAUAAAUUGCCAAACAACAUAGUGUAUAAAAUUCAAUUGGAAAUCAAAAUAAAAUGAGAUUGUUAUUGCCUAAUUAAAAAAAUAAUCCUCAUAUUGAUAAGAGUAUAUUUUUUAAAUAAAGUCCACGAAUCUCAAAUCAAGGAAGUAGGGAAAAUUACUAUUAAAAUGAUAAAAAUCUAUUUUUUAAUCAAAUACUCAUAAGAAAGAAUAAUCUUGAUAUGAUUUCUACAUUUGAAAUUAAGAUUUGGGAAACUCUUAUGGAUAAAAUAAGUAUUACUAAAAACUCAUAAAAUCAUUUCAUUUUUAAUCUUGAUUCUUUUUAAGGAGUUUUAAGAGAAAAUUUAUACACUUAAGUUGUUUAUUUGGGUAAUGAAGUCAAUGCAUUAUUUGAAGUAUUUGUAGAAAAUGUCCGUAAACCAUUAGAUAUGUUUAAAUUGUGUAUUCCCAUCAGAUUGAAUGAGAGCUAGAACUUUUAACUUUAUUAAAGAAUUACUUUAUUCGAAGAAUCUAAAGUAGUUAAUUUUAAAUUAAUGUUACGUAAGGUUCUAUAUAGCUAUUAUUAUGAUGAAAGAAGAAAUCUAUAAAAUCUUAAACUUAAAGAUUAUUUUGUAGAUUCAUAUGAAUUCAUAUAAUCAGAUAUAUAAAAGUGUUCAGUUUAUAUGUUGAAUAAAUUGAAAAAGUAAUUGAAAUUGAAUCCAAGUACAUUCAUUGUUUAAGAUGUUUUAGGAGAUGAGAAAUGUCCUUAAUUAAUCAAAGUAAAUGCUAAUUAUAAAUAAUAUGCUGCAUUUAAAGUAAAUCUUUAUUUUUAUCAUAGUAAUAUUAAUAUGUGUUAUUGAAAAGAUUAAUUUUUACAAUGAAACCAACUCAAGUUUAUGUUUCUAUUUUUUAUUAAGAAAAGAGAAAUAAGUUUCAUUUAUAUUUUUAGAGUAUGAAAAAUUGUAAAAAUGUAAUAAUAAAAUACUCUCUUAAAGAAAUUUAGUAAUGUAUUCCUAGUGCUAUCAGUUUAUUAAAUUUGGGAUUGCAUCAGGAAUUAGGGAAAAGAAUCUAUCAGAGUUUCAAAAAUAGAUUAUUAAUAUCUACUUAUUAAUAAUUGUUAUGA